AUGAAAGAUAAUUCAGCCCUUGAACAUCAUACUCCCAAUAGAGAUGAAUUAAGGCGUCGCAAAGGUUACAAGAAGGGAUUGCAGUUGUCAAUUUUACUACUUGGAGAAAAAGGCAGUGGUAAAUCAACAUUUUUAAACAAUCUAUGCGGUCAGGAUAUAUCACUUUCUGAUGAUAACAAUGAUGAAGUAAUAAAUAACGUAACCUUAGAAAAAGGAAACGCCAUUGAGGAUAUAGAUCCUGGAUAUAAAACAGCCCAUUUGAGCCCUGGGCUAAAACUUGUUACCAGAAGAGUUUAUUUAAACGAUGAACUAGGGGUACCUGUUACAUUAGAUAUCAUAUCAUUUCCAGGCUGCGGCGAUAACAUCGACAAUUCGCAAAGCUCUGUUGUCAUAAAAAAUUACUUAGACCAACAGUUUGCGAACGUUUUAAAGGAAGAGGUUAGAAUAAAGAGAAACACAAAGGACACCGAUGGUAGGCCCCAUGUUUGUUUAUAUUUUCUUAAGAGUACUCCUAGAGGAGUCAAGAAAUUUGAUAUUGAGUUAAUGAAAACGAUUUGCGAUAAAGUUAAUUUAAUUCCCAUUAUUUCAAAAGCCGAUGGUCUUACGGAAACCGAAUUAAAUUUACACAAAACCAUUGUACGCCAAGAAAUUCUAGAGAACAAUAUACGUGUUUUUGAUUUUAAAAAUGACAAUUUAGGUGAAACAUUGGCUCUCUAUGAUAUGGAUAUCGAUUCCAGUUCAGCAAAAUCUAAGUACUGUCAUGACACGAAAAUCAAAGACAUAUCACCAUUUGCCAUUGUUUGCAGCAAAACUUUCCGCACAAAUUCGGAAAAUAGUGUUGAGCAUAUCAGGGUAUAUGAAUGGGGUAGUUUGGUUGUCGAGGACCAGAACACCUCGGAUUUUAUAUUUUUAAAGGCAAUACUGUUAGGUUCACACCUUCAGGAAUUAAAAGAUGUGACAAACAAUGUCUUGUAUGAAAAUUACAGAGCCAAAGUGUUAACCGAUAAGAAAAUCAACUAUGAUAUUCCGAAUUAUAGUUUCAUCGACGAAAGCUCCAGAGGAAGUAUCAGCAACGUUUCCACCAGAAGAAAUAGUUCAAGUAGAACACUUGGGAAUUUAGAUACGAAUGAUGAAAGUUCCUACCAAAUACACAAAGAAAUAGACGAAAAGAACAGGAUUAUUGAAGAUUAUCAGAGGAAGAUUGAUUUGCUGGAAAAAAUGCUGGCAAGUCCUGAUAAAAAUAAGGUCUAA